AUGAAAAACCCUGCUCCUGGGAAAGAGGCAGAAACUAAACCUCAGCAGCUUUGGCCGGCGCACUGUGUUCAGGGUACGAAGGGGGCAGGAUUCAUCUCCGAAAUAGAAUCUGAUAAGCUGGAUGCUAUCGUUAGAAAGGGAAUGGAUGAACGGGUAGAAAUGUAUUCGGCUUUCGCGGAUGCAUUUGGGAACCAGAAUUGCGUGGAGACAGGAGGUGCUAAUCGUGACCUUGAAGCUAUGCUGAAUGAGCAUGAGGUUUCGGACGUGUUUGUUGUCGGGCUUGCGGGCGACUAUUGCGUCAGGUGCACUGCUAUCGAUGCUGCUGACCGCGGGUUCAAGAGCUACGUUAUUGAUGAGGCUACGAAGUGCGUUGAUCCUGGCGAGGGCUGGGAGAACGCAAAGGUGGAAAUGGCAACUCAUGGAGUUCGUGUCAUCAGUGCUGAUGGGAUCGAAGAAGCCAUCAACAAGCUAUGUAUUAAUGUCUAA